ACAAAUAUAUUUUUAAAAAAAUAUAGCUACAAUUAUUAAUUUCAUGAUGCAACAAGCACUUCCUUACAAGUCAUCAUGUUUACCUAUAACACUACGAGUUCAUCCAAAUGAUCGUCAUCAUCGUGUAAGUACCAGCAAUUCAUCAUUGUACGUUAAAGGUUCAAAAGAGGAAUUGAAUAACGUUGUUAAGGAUAACGCGGUUAUAGUUGUGGGAAGACGAGGUUGUUGUAUGAGCCAUGUUGUCAAGCGUUUACUUCAUUGUCUCGGAGCCAAUCCUGCUAUUUAUGAAAUCGAGGAAGAGGACGAAAAUGAAGUCGUUGAUGAGUUGGAGAAUAUAAUUGUCGCCGGAGGUGGUGAUCGGAAAGAGACCGGACGGUUGCAGUUUCCGGCGGUGUUCGUCGGAGGGGAGCUGUUUGGUGGAUUGGAUCGGAUUAUGGCGGCUCAUAUAACCGGCGAGUUGACUCCUGUAUUGAAAAAGGCUGGAGCCUUGUGGCUUUGAAUUAUUUAUUUCUCUUUUUUUUUUCUUUUCUUUUUUGGUGUUUUGGGAAAUAAAUCAAACUUGGUAGAUGUGGAAAUACAAGAUUUUAGUUAAGGGUAGGUUCAAUUUUUAUAAUACAAUUAUAAAUGAUGUUCCACUCAAGUUCGAUAUUC